AAAUUGUGAAGCCACAUUUCUGUGAAUUCUUGGGAAACAGUGGCACUACCACUGAGGGGUCAGCAUGGGUUUGUCAAAACCAAGCCAUAUCAGUUAUAUUUUGUUUUACUUUGACAGAGUGAUUAGUUUACUAGACUAAGUGAAUGCUGUAGAUAUCUUGAUUUUAGCACUUGAUUUGACAAGUUCAGGUAUGAUAUCCCUGUGGAUAAAAUGGAUAAAUGUGGAAUAAAAGAAACUUGGUCCACUAUAUUUGCAAUUUGUUGACCAACCAUACCCAACCAUUACUUCACUGCUCUGGAAGAAAGUUAACCCUGGGAUUCCAUCAUCAUAUGAAUGAUAUUUAACAACAUUAUAAAUAACUUAAAACAAAAGGGAGGGAAGUUGUAGUUGAAUAUGCAGAUGGUAUCAAACUAGAGAGACUAGUUACUAACUUAGAAUACAAAAUCAUAAUCUAAAAUGAGCUCAGUAGGCAAAUUUUCAGAAGUGGUUUGCCAUUGCCUGUUUCCUAGGGCUGAGAGAGGGUAACUGGCCCAAGGUUAUUCAGCUGAUUUCAUGCCUAAGGUGGGACUAGAACCCACAGACUCCUAGUUUCUAGCCUGGUGCCUUUAAUCACUGCAUCAGACUGGCUCUCUGACCAUUACAGGAUCAAAGAGGAUGCAGCAGUUAAAAGGCCCAAAGCAAUUUUGGGUUGAAUUAACAGAAUUAUUGUUUCCAGAUUGCAGAAAGUAGUAUUUUUGUUGCAAUUAAGCUGAUUUAACUAUAUUUGGGAGUAUUGUGCCCAGUUUUUGGAAUCACACUUUAAUAGAGAUGUAGACAAGCUAGAAUAUAUUCAAAGAAAAUUUGUCAUGAUGAAAAAAGAUUAGAAGCCAAGCUUUAUAAGGAAAAGUUAAAAGAUGCAGGCAUAUUUAAUUUGCCAAAGUUCUUACUAGGAAGAGAUAUGGUAGGGGUCUACAGAUAUCCAAAAGGCUAUCCUAUUUAAGAGGGGCAGAUCUGUUUUCUGUUGAAACUGAAGAUUGGGUUAAAUGAUUUAAACAAUCCCUGUCAACUCAUCCAUUCUUUGAAUUCCCCUUUAACUUUCAUUAUUAAUUUUGCCAGACAGAUUAUAAUUCUUAACACAAUAUCAGCUUUUGAUUCUUUAUUUAUUACCAGCACCCAUGCACUCUUACUUUGGAGAAAACAUGCCUUUUGGCAGUCAUCAAAUCUCUUCAAAAUAUUCAAGAUGGAAAACAGAAUUAUUCUUGUUUCUUGAAGAGUAGGAAAUAGAGCUGAGGAGACAUCUGGCUUGUGUGCCAAGGAGUAUACACAUUACUGUAGAAAGCACAUUGUAAUGUGGGUUGCCUCUCCUUCUCAGAAAUGCUGCUUCUCCCUCUCCCUUUCCUUCUCUUGCAAUGGGAUUGGAUAGAUGGUUUACAGCCUGGCUCUGGCCCCGGAAUCCCAGCUCCUGUUUAAUAUUCUGCUUGCUCCACUGAUGUUGUGCUUGGCUCCUGUGGGAUUGCAACUCACCGCUUGAAACCAGAGCCAAUUUUCUGUCUUAAUCUCAGUGUUUUGACUGGAGGCAGAUCCAGUUCAACCCAAUAGGAGCUGGUGGAAACAACUACCUAAGAGUCUCGCUCUGUUUCGCUUGGGGAGGUAAAGAAGAAGGAAGAAGGGAGGGGGAGAAUAGAAAGAAAGAAAGAAAGAAAGAAAGAAAGAAAGAAAGAAAGAAAAAGAAAGGAGAGAGAGAGGCAAAGAGAGGCAGGCCAACCAACAAGCCACUCGUAAGAGACAAAUACACAAUGCCGUCUCUGGGAUCGGUGUAUCUGUAGAUAAUAAAGUGAUUCCUCUGCAGUUGGAUAUAUUGCUCAGAUUGGUUUUCUUUCUUUCUUUCUUUCUUUCUUUCUUUUCUUUCUUUCUUUCUUUCUUUCUUUCUUUCUUUCUUUCUUUCUUUCUUUCUUUCUUUCUUUCUUUCCUUCCUUCCUUCCUUCCUUCCUUCCCUCCCCCCUCUCUUUUUCUUUCUUUAUUCUUUCUCUCUCUUUCUUUCUUUCGCUGUAGAGGAAAUCUGAAUUAAGAAUCGUGAGCGGCAGCCAAGGGCUUUUGGGCAGACGGUCAGUGAACGGGGAGAAAGGGUUGCCUUGCUUGGGGAAGGGCUGCGAUUUGAACCAUUUGGCUGGACGUAAGACGAGACCCUGGGAUCGGCGGCGCUUCCAAAUGCAUCGCGGAGGAACGGGUGAUUGAGUUCUCGGGAUCGUCCUCCCCAUUUAAGCAAUAGGUGAAAUACAAGGUGCUGAAGGGAAAAUCGGAACCGACGGAGACGUUCUGAGCCGGCUGCGGGAACUGACCGAGGCAAUCGGCGCCGAGAGGAGGAUCGGAGGCGCCGCGAUGACUCUGGUGCUGCCCCUGAGCAGCUUCUGCGAGCCCAUUGUCUCUUCCGAAGGAGCCGGUGAGUUCCAGCCGCUGUGGGAAGCGCGCUGUUGCAGUAAAAGCAGCCCCGCCUCGGAUGCCGUCGCCGGCAGCAGCAGCAGCAGCAGCAGCAGCAGCAGCAGCAGCACCGCCCAGGGGCAGGCGCAACAGCCGCCGCCGCCGCAGGGCAGCGACGACCGGACACCGGUUGGGCAGCCUCCGCCCUCAGUAUUACACCACAGAGGAAAUCCAAACCCUGUAGCACCAUCUAAGGUCACAUAUUUUAAAAGAAAGUAUGUGGAAGAAGAAGAUUUUCAUCCACCACUCAGUAACUGUACACCCAAAACAAUCUCUGUAUUUGAGGAGCGGGCACAUAUUCUUUACAUGUCUUUGGAAAAACUGAAGUACAUUGAUGACCCUGAAGUCUACCUAAGGAGAUCUGUUCUCAUAAAUAAUUUAAUGAAAAGAAUUCAUGGAGAGAUUAUCAUGCAAAACAACUGGUGCUUCCCUACUUGCUCUUUUGGAGGUACUUCAAGUCAAGAGUGGUUCAUGUCUCAUGACUGUCCUUAUAGGAAGCGUCUUCGGAUGGCACGGGAGGACUGUGAAAAGAUCCACACAUGCUGUUUUUAUCAAGAGUGUGGCAGCCAUUAUUUAAGUUUACCAUUAUCUACUAAUUCUGCAGUGGGGAAUUCCGCCGCUUCUGUAUCUUUACCAAGUUGUUCCCAACAAGUGGAAUAUGGUAGCAACAGUUCCCCUGUUUACAGGAGUGACGAACAUAUACAUGCCAAUGAAAUUUUUAUUACAAAUGCUGGGCCACAUGAUAAUCAGGACAAGUCAAUAUUCAGUAAUGAGAAAGGAGGCCAUGAUAUAGAUCGAGAACAUGCUUCAGACUGGGAAUCUAUGAAAAGUGAUCAUGUCACAGAAUGUAAAAACAAAUAUUACAAUUAUUUUGAGAUGGGUCACGAUGACAAGAGCAACAUGAAUGAAUCUUGGAAGAAGUGUUUACGAAAAAGGGAGUGUUUACCAGGUAGCAAAAUUUGUUGCAGUAAAGGAAAUAAAAUAUGAGCCAUCUUCUGAAUAAUUUCAGUUUAGAAGCAAGCACAGUGUUGACAUUAUCAGAAAAAAAUAAGUUUGGAUCAAUUUUCUUAUGCUUUUAUAGAACUGGUACAAUUGUGUCAUAAGCUUCAUGGAUACUUUCAGUGACUGUGGGGCACAUUCCAUCAAAGAGUAUGUAUGGUCUGCAUCAUGAGCUAUUUAUAAAUACAUGGGAUCCUUACAAAGAGCACAGUUGCAUUGUAUACUUCCAUUGCUAGAAGAACCAAUAAACCAGAUGGAGAAAAUACAAUUCUUUUCAUGCAUCCCUUUGGGAACCUAGUAUGAAUUAAGAGGAAUCUUCUUUAUGCUUAUCAAUGAAUUAUACAUUUGAUAAGCAAAUUGUUACCAGCGAAAGGAAGAAUGCAUUUCGCCCAUCAAAAUAGCUGUGAGAAAGACUGCAUAGAAAUGAAAUGGAAUAGGCCCAUUUUAUGGUCCAGAAGUGACAUUAUUCUAAUGUAUUUAAGUCUGGUUUUAUUGAUAGGGUACAAUAACAUCUUUUUAUGGAGACACAAUUUGAAAUGCUACACACAGUUCCAGCACAUGCACAGUUUUCAGCUAAACUGCAAGAAUGAACAAGCCUUAUAGUGGUUUAUUGCUAUAGUGGCAGAGAUUUUUUGGUGCCUUACUUUUAAUCUUAGUUUUUCCAUGGUGAAAAUUAAGUUUAAGAAAACAGCUACAGCAGGGAUGUAACCUAAACAGGAAAAAAAUAAUAACAGGGUGGAUCAAAUAUUAUUAGAAUUCUGUCUCCUUUGAAAUACAAAGCUUGAUUUCCUAUUCAAUUGCCGCUAUUCAUUCUUUUUGCUCAGUCGCUUUUUGAUUUGCCAUUUUAAGGAAAGGAUUGAAGGAAAAAAAAACAAUAGAGAUAUGUCUCUUGUAAACAAGCGUUAGCUCUUUGAAUAUUUCUAUGGCAACUGUCUGUUGCUUUGAUAUUUUUUUUCCUUUUUCUUUCUAGUAUAAUGAAGUUCAUGAACCAGUGGCAUGCUUUAUAUUUUACUCUGUUUCACGUCAUUUUCUCUUUUCAGAAAAAUGUAAAGAGCAUGUACUGGGUUUUCAUAUAAUUGUAGGGUUUUUUAUUUUGAAAAAAGCACAAUGUUAAUAAAUGAUGUGGUGAUAUAAGAUUUUUAUCUGAAAUGAAUGUAAGAGUUUCAAUCUUUUUUUAAAGAUUAUCUUGGAGAAAGAGGGGGAUAAUUUUCAAUUAUUUGGAUCGUUUCUGGAAUUUUUCUUUUUAAAAUAUUCUGUCUAAAAUUCAAGAUCUUUAAUUCCAGGUAAAGCACACAAUGAAUUUUGUUCCAUUUAAAUAUAAUUUUUAUAGCUGAAGGAAUCAAUAAAUGGGAAUAAUCAUUAUUACAUCACGCCUUUUAAAGAUCUGGCUGAAUUAGGAGCAAUCAUAAUUUCCGCAUAGUUCAUUAUUGCUGCAUCAUGCUCUUACUUUUUUACAGAAAUGAAUGAAAAACUUUCAUUUGGAUCCAACUUAUGCUUUAAUAGAAUUAAUUUAACAACAUUUAACCCUCUUAAAACUAUUUACGUUUUUCUCUACAGCUACAUGAAUUAUUCAAACAAUUAUAAAACAAUUUUCAGUUCUUAGGCUUUACCCUAUAACCAAUAAUUCCUGUUAUUCUGUAUGAACAUCUUUGAUGCAAUUAAUUAUGAAAAACAUGAAUUCUUGAAUGGAAUGCUGCUUCCUUUAUAUAAAAUAUGCUUUGCAUAGAAAAAUCUUAGAUUCAUUCCUUACAUUUUCUUUAAGAUAUGAGGUGAUAAAUUCAGAAAAAAUGUGCCAGAAAAUUACUGCGAGUCAGAGUAGACAAUACAGGCUUAAAAUACAGUUUUCUUCCCUUCGUUUGGCAUCUGAUAUGGAAGCAAUUUAAAUUGCAAAUACUGGGAACUGAAAUAUGUACUUUUUAACACUAGAAAUUAACUAAACUACCUAUUAACUGAUGCUAAGAUGCUUGUUUUGGACUUAGAAUGUGUUAGACCAACAUGGCUUAGUAUUGUAUAAACCCAGUCAAUUUGGACAAUAAGCUGUGUAUUAGUGCAACAUAAACAAAAAAUCUGAAGCAACUACAUAUUUGAUUGGAUAAGAAGUAGCAUUUUCUAGUUGGGUAACUUCAAUAUAUUUUUUCCCCUUAAGACACAUUAUCUAUCUUAAAAACGUACUAUAGAAAGAGCAUUCUUAAUAUCCAAAGAGAAACCAUGAAAAAGAGUUGAUUUUCACUAGAAGUACAGAUUUAAGUUCACAGCAUUGUGCCAGAUAAUUAGCACAGUUUUUUAGCCUAUAAAUCUAAUUUAUAAUUAUUAGCAUAUACCUAUAUCAGGAACCAAGUGUUUCCUAUAAGAAUCUGGCAAGCAAGAAAGCUAUAGAUUGGAUUAGGGGCAGGAGUGACUGUGUCAGAAAAGUCAUGAUGGUGUUUUUAAUUGCACAGCCAAGGCUGCCAUUUUGACUUUUUCCCCUUCCUAUUCUGCUAUUCUGCUGGGAGGCUGCUGAAGCAGAGUUCAGUUGCUCAAGACUCAACAGGAAGAGCUUAACUUCCUUGGCUAUACAUCUGAGGACCAGGAACCAGUCAAAUGAAGUAGUUGGGAAACAUUUCAGCUCCAAUAGCCAGGAAAGGGCCCUGCAAUGCAUUGUAUGGUCACCUUUCCUCAGUGUCAUUUACAUAACACAAGGCUGUACUGAGGAAAUGCAAAGAUUUCUAGGGCUGGGGCACUCAGUGUGGUAUUGGAACACAGAAUCAAUAGUAAUGAUUGGAUCAUAUUGUGCUUCUCUCUUCCCUAUGCAAAUGAAUGGAGCCAUAUCAUUUACUUGUCCUGGGAAAGUAUAAAUUUGCCACCCUAUUAAAACAAUGGGACCCGCUAGGAAUACUUAUAGAAAAGAGUUUUGCCACCACUUGGACUUUCCUCUUUAUUUCCAACUAAUUUCAAGUGGAGGAGGAAUCAAUGGACCAUUCUACUCCCCCCCCCAUUUUUCUAUCUUCCUUCCCUCUGUCUUUGUUUUGUAUAGGAGAAAGGAAAACAGUGAUGAAGUGAACAGUCCAACUUUUGUGACUGGCUAUUUUGACCAAGAGUCUGUGGUCCGUUUUCAUGACAUAAACAAUCAUCCACCCCAUUUCCCCAAUAACAGACCUAUACUAUGAUGUGUCAGCAGCAGCUGAAUGAGACUAAAUGAAUCUGUGCAAUGUGGACAAUUUUAAAAUCCUUCUAGCUGCUGCAAAAGGAGUCAAAAGUUCUUGCUUUGCUUCUCCUUCCGGUUUCUCAAAGAUUGAGUAAAAAAAAGAAAGAAAGAAAAGAAACCCACACAGACUUCAAAUCAUUAUGAUUCAGGGUGAGGGAGUUCCUUACCCAGAUCCCAUCCAUUUCUGCUAAUUCUUCAUUACACAUGUGGCAACAAGGAGGUGGAUUAAAAGCCAAAAUAACUACAGAAAUGGAAUGUAUAGAGAGCCUCCCCCCUUUUUUUUACAGGACUGCUCUAGACUUUGUCAUUAUCUUAGGAGAGACAGGAAUUAACUAACCAUCUGGCUAGCAGUCCUGAACGGUGUUAAUUUAACUUUAGGCAAGACUGUGCCUCCUUGUAUCUAAAUCCAUUCCCCAGAGAUUAGCUGAUUGAGUCAACUCACACAUUUUUAAUGCUUCUAUGACACAUAAAAUGUCUCGUGUAUGAAUAUUCAAGAUUCCCUCUCCAUUGUAUUGCUAUGUCACAGGUAUAUGUCAUGUGCCCAUAGGUCCUGCUUAUAAAGAAUUAAAUAUAAAAUUGAUAUAUGCCAAAGUGGGAAAUUUUACAAGGCUGACAUUUACAUUUUAAAAGGUUGUCCCACCUUUUUUUCUCCAAGACAAAAGCAUUAUUAUUGCUAUCAAUAUUAAAUAUAGGUCUCAUUCAUACAGUGUAUGAGUAGGAUCAUUUAAUCAUUUGUCCACAUGGACCAAUUUUUUUUUAAAGUUGACUUUUCUUGUGUUAGAUUCAGUUGAGAACAGAAAGAUCUGUUCUUCUUUUUCCAAUAUAUGUCAAACAUUGAAUGUUUUAAGCUUAGAUAUUUAGAUAUUUGUAUACUAAGGUGAUGUUGUAGUAAAGUGUGUUUUUUCUUGAUAUAUAUUUAUUAAAAUUAUAAAACCUUUUCAUUUAAAAGCUUUAA